AUGUUCUGGACAUGGCUUUAUUUUUUUAUAUCAUUUACUGCGGCGUUCCGGCAACAAUCGUUCGGAAUAAGAGGUAAAUUGAUUUGUGGCCAUUCGUCAGCAGAAGGAAUAACUGUGAAGUUAUAUAACGAUAAAGCGAUUGGUUUCAACAAUCAGUUAGCAGAAACAAGAACUGACGGCGAUGGAAAUUAUGAAUUAACCGCGGCAACCGAUUCUAUAUUUUCCAUGGAACCGUAUCUUAAGAUAUAUACGAAUUGCAAUCGUGGAUUUAAUCCAUGCAAACGUGAAAUCAAACUGGAGAUUCCUAGUGAUUAUGUCACUCGAACAUCAACUAUUCAGCAAUGGUUCGAUGGUGGAAUUAUAAAUUUGCAAUUCAAAUUCGACGAUGAAGAACGCAAAUGCUUUUAA